AUGAAUCAACCAAACACAAGGCGAGGAUGUCUCAGUGACGUGAGUUCCUUGUAUGACCCUCUGGGAAUGGUUGGACCGGUCACACUACAUGCCAAGCGAAUUCUUCAGAUGACAAGCAAACUUAACGUUGGAUGGGAUGAGCAGCUGCCGGACGUGUUGCUAAGUUCAUGGCUGAAGUGGAAAGUCAGUCUAAGUGGGCGAGGAGAACUUCGCAUCCCGAGGUCGUACUUUCCAGAAGAGACUCCAGUUAGCAUAGAGCUACACCACUUCGGAGACGCGUCUGAAGAAGGAUAUGGAACAGUCAGUUAUCUUCGCAAGGUGAAGGAUGAUGGAACAGCCCACUGCUCGUUCGUUAUGGCUAAAGGAAGGACAGCGCCAUCAGUCUUUGUGUCAGUUCCGAGACUGGAACUUCAAGCUGCCGUAGUUGCGUCAAGGGUGGAUAGACAUAUCCGGAGGGAGCUUGAUCUAGAAGUGGACAGAGUCGCAUUUUGGACAGACUCCAGAAUAAUACUGCAAUACAUAAGGAAUGAAUCCAUGAGGUUCAAAACCUAUGUUGCCAACAGGGUAACAGAGAUUAGGGAUUCUAGCAGGCCGGAUCAGUGGAGGCACGUCCCGGGGAAGGAUAAUCCCGCUGACGAUAUCUCAAGAGGUCAGUCAGUGGAAGUGUUCAUGAAGAACAAGCGGUGGUUCAAAGGACCGGAUUUUCUACAAGAGCGAGAAGAGAAUUGGCCAGUAACAGACGUUGGCCCGCUACCAGCUGCAGAUCCAGAGAUAAAGCAAGAGAAGGUCGUUGGAUUGAUACUAGCGCCUCCUGCCUGCUCUACUCUGGACCAGAUGCUAAAAAGGUGUUCGUCUUGGGUGAUCCUUCAGCGUCGAGUAGCGAUACUAAUGAAGUUUUGCGACUACAUCCGAGCGAAGAGCAGCGGGAAAACCCUGGUGGGGGAGCAGUUUCGGAAGAUCACAGUGAAUGAUUUGGAGAAAGCUAGGCUAGCGGUCGUGAAGUAUGUCCAGAAGGAGGCCUAUGGCCAAGAAAUUGCCGACCUGCAGAAAACGGGAAGAAUCAAGGCUUCGAGUCAGCUCAAGAGUCUGAAUCCGGUCAUCAUUGAUGGUGUGUUGAGAGUGGGCGGGAGACUGUCACGGGCGCCACUCUCUCAUGACGCAAAGUUCCCAAUGAUAAUCCUGAGAGGUAGCCAUCUAGCCUCUAUACUGAUCUGCCAUUUUCAUGCCAAGGUUGCGCAUGCAGGCCAGGAGCAAGUCUUAGCUGCUUUAAGGGAGACGUUCUGGAUCCAAAAGGGUCAGAUUGCGGUUCGUAAGAUCAUCCGCUCGUGCAUUGGAUGUCAGAGGCAUCAAGCAAAGAGGAUGCACCAGUUGAUGGCAGACCUACCUCGAAUGAGACUUCAGGCAUUUGAACCACCCGCCAAGAAGGAAUAA